AUGUCGGAAGAAAGAGAUGCCCCCUCGAUGACCCCGCAGGGGAAGUUCUCGAGGUAUCGUUCUGUGAGACAGCCGCCUGCGAAAGCAUAUCCGCCGCCUGUAGAAGUCAUGCCAGAUAAUUCGAAUGCGAUGGGGAGGACGAAGAGUAUGUCGAGGUACAGGCGUUCAAGAAUUGGAUCUCCUGAACUUUCGAAUGAUACCCCUCCCCCAUUGCCAGCGAUGCCAGGAGGAAACCAAGAUCCUUUUGCAGUGUCAAGUGGAAACCAGCGAGUGAGAAGAGUCACUGAUCCGGCCUCUUCUGCGACACGGCAACAACCAUCUCAUCCGGUGGAAAGGGGCGGUUUGAAGUCGGGUGUUGCUGGUCACAAGGAGACAGAGGACGAACGUCUGCGACGUAAAGUAAAGGAGUUCCGCGAACGGGAAGCCCGAAAUGCCAGGGCAGAAGAGCAGAAGGCGAGCGACGAUGGACAAUUUGCAAGGCGCAAGAAUCAGGCAGCUCAAAUAGCAAAACAGCGAAAAGCGGAGGCAGAGGCGCAAGCUGAGAAAAUAAGAGCACAAGAGGAGGAGACUGCGCGGCUGCUCGCAGAACAGAAGCGGAAAGACCUGGAAAGGUUAGAGGCGACGCUCGAUGCAGCUGGUCCGAGACCACCAAGUGUUACAAGCCCGAAAGACAAAUUCAACUUCUUUUCAAGGAAACGUGCGACUUCGAAAGUUGCCCCUCCAAGGACGUCGAGAAGUGGAAGUGGGAGUGGUAGUGGCACAUUGUCUGCGACGAGGACGAGGAGUAUUGAAGCACCUCCGAAGGAAUUGAAGAAAGCUAGAAAUGCGUCACCACCAUCGCGAAGAGUUGUGCGGGAGCCUCAUAGACUCGACCAGCCGUUGGCGCCUGAACAGAUGAUUCAAGAAGGAGGUGGAGGUAUUGUUCCUCAAACUGAUGCUCCAAUCUCUGCGAGUAAUGCUGGUGAAAGACGUGUCUUGAUUCGAUGCAAACAGUCCUCGAUAAAUCUUCCAGUUACUCCUGAAACCACCCCUGUGGACCUCAUAUAUUCAGCAGCCAAUAUUAUGACCCAAAACAUCAUUCCAUCAAGCGCGAUUAUUCUCGAAUCAUACAAACAACUUGGUCUGGAGCGACGGAUUCGACGAUACGAGCAUAUUCGAGACGUGAUGAAUUCAUGGGAUCGAGAUACACAAAACUCACUUACGAUCGCAAAUUCCGAGAAUCCUCAAUUCGACAAAGAUCUCAAGGCUGAAUUUGCGCCUAAGGAGGCACCAAAUGCUACAACGGUUUACAUGUAUCACUCACAGAAGCCAGGAAAAUGGAAUAAGCGAUACAUCACCUUGCUCCCGUCGGGACAGAUUCAUAUGUCGAAAAAGACUCCAGAGAAAUCUUCGGAUAAGGACAUUCUGAGUUUAUGUCAUCUGUCUGAUUUCGAUAUCUACAGCUCGACGCCGUCACAAACCCGAAAAGUCUUGAAACCGCCAAAGAAGUUUUGUUACGCGAUCAAGAGCCAGGAAAAAACGACCAUGUUCUUGAGUACAGAGAAUUUCGUUCAUUACUUUAGUACCGAUGAUGAGACCCUCUCAAACAAAUGGUACGAUGCUGUUCAAGGAUGGAGGAGCUGGUAUUUGACAAGUCGAAUGGACAUCAAGAAAAAGAAGAAAAUCGUUCAAACCAAACAAAUAUCACGUACUCACGCAGUCAAAGUAUCAGUCGACGAAGAUCCAUACACAAUCGGCACAUUCGCACCACUCCUAGACAUGGAUCGAUUCGACGACUCCAAACCAAACCGCGAGAGCUUAGAUCGCGAUUACGCUUCCGACGGAGGCAGUCAACCACGCCAAGUCCCUUUCCACCUUCGCAACAGCGUUUCCCUUUCCCCCUUGCCCUCACGUACUGCAAGCAAACGUCACCCCCCAAACUCCUACCGCGCACCACCCGGCGAAGAGGAAUUUUCUUCUGGUGGCCUCCUUGGGCGGACGUACUCGCAACGCCAGAAAGCGCAGAAAGAACGCGAGAUCACCGGCCACGACAGUGGUGCUUUUGUCGAUGGCCCAUCCCUAUUAAAUCAUCCCGUCACAACCCGUCCCGAACGCACCAUGUCCAUGAAAUCCACCAAACUCCCCGCCGACGCCCUACCCAAACCCCUCCUCGAUUUCGCGCCCGUGUUCAAAGAAGCGCCGCAGUGGGAUCGCAAAGGCAAAGGUCGAGGCGUCAAACCCACGGCUGGGAUGCCACUUGUUAAUGUAGCGACGACGCCUGAAGACGUUAAUAUGAUGUUGAAUAUGCAGCCUGGACAGACGCUUUUUAGACGGGAUCAGGAGGCGCCGGUGACUGGGAGACCGAAAACGGCGGUGAGACCGAAGACUGCGAAAGAGAGGGAGGGGCCGUUUGUGGGUGGGGGGUUGGUGAUGGGGGCGGGGAUGGUGAGGACGAGGGGGGAGUAA